AGGAAGGAUGACAAGGUGAGAAGAGGCGGACAAACUUCCUCCAAAAAAUCAACAGGAUGCGGACCUGCUAGUCCACCGCUGACCCGGCGGAUCUUAUUCCUGAUGCUUCCUGCCAAGAACUCCACUCUCAUGCUGGUUUCAUCCUGAUUAUCCUCAUCCCCAUCCUCAUCCUCACCGCUGGACUUCCUGCACGCACGCAAGAAAACUUUGUUGACUUCCCAUGGAUGCUCGGCUCUGGACGAGGGACCAGGGAAGGGUGGCGGUGGCCGGGAAGUGGAAGCGUUAACUGCCAUCACCCCCCCCCCCCCCACCCAUGUCCCUCCUCAUCCCAAACAUCAGAACCAGACACCGGAGCACAAAAGAAUCAAAAGGAGAGUAUUGAGUGUGUCUUGGCACGGCUGGGGGCCAGGAAGCUACGUGAAUGCUGGAAGCUCUCAACUCCGACAAGUGACCGACGUUGGGAGGCGGGAUGGAGUGGUGGGGGUUAUUGCUCGAUGACCAUGGGAAGCCCAGGCAGUAGGGUGCCAACAUGGCAGCUCCCAGGAGACACCCUCCGCCCUCGACCUGGCCCUUCCUCCUCCUUCUCCUCCUCACCGCAUCCCCGGGCACCCUUCGCGCCCGGCCCCUCCUCCUGCACUCGUCCAUCAACGUGGCCGUGGUGUUCAGCGGCUCCAGCUACCAGAAUGAGGUGAGAGGUCGGCUGAGCGGUGAGAACUUUGUGGACCUACCUGUGGUGGUGAGCCCGGUGACGGUGCUGGUCAAUGACACCAACCCUCGAGACCUGCUGACACGCCUCUGUGAUACCAUGGCGAAAGAGAAGCUGCACGGCGUGGUGUUUGAGGACGACGUGGGGUCGAGUUCGGGUGCACAGGUGGCUGAGGUGGCACAAAUCCUGGACUUCUUGUCUACCCAGACCACUCUGCCAAUCGUGGGCAUCAGUGGUGGCUCAGCUGUGGUCAUCCCGUACAAGGCUGAGGGAUCGUCCUUCCUGCAGAUGGGAGCGUCUCUGGAGCAGCAGGUGGUCUGCAUGUUUAAGCUCAUGGAAGAAUACGACUGGGGUGAGUUUGCCAUCAUCACCAGCUUACUUCCCGGAUACGACACCUUUGUGGACAUCGCCGAGUCCUACACGGACACCUCUUACUUCAUGUGGAACCUUCAGGAUGUCCUGUCCAUGGAGAUGUCUGUCGGUGCAAACGAUGCAAGGGCCAGGCGCAUUCUGCAGCAGGUGGACUCUCAAGUCCUGCUGGUGUACUGCUCCUUUGAGGAGGCCCAGUUCCUGUUCCGCCAGGCAUCUGAGGUGGGCCUGGUGGGACCAGGCUACAUCUGGAUCCUCCCCAGCCUGGCCGUGGGCAACCCCGAGAUCCCGCCACCCGCCAGCUUCCCCGUGGGCGUGAUCGGCGUCAUCACUGAGCAGUGGAGGAAGAGCUUGCGGCAGCGUGUGAGGGAGGGCGUGGCCAUUGUCGCCAAGGGCGCAGAGAGCUUCAAGAAGCAGCGAGGCUUCAUCCCCGAAGGACACGGGGACUGCAGCAUGCCCGCUAAACACUCCGACAACAACACUCUCUUCAGGCACAUGUUGAAUGUGACGUGGGAGAGGAGAGACCUGUCCUUCAACAGCCAAGGGUUCCUCUCCAACCCCUCUAUGGUUAUCGUCGCCCUGGACCGAGAGAGAGUGUGGGAUAAGGUGGGCGCCUACUCCCGUGGCAUCCUCCAGGUGCGCUACCCUGUCUGGCCACGCUAUGGAAACUUCCUGGAGCAUGUGACUGAUGACCGCCACCUGACUGUGGCCACGUUGGAGGAGCAUCCUUUUGUCAUGGUGGAGAACGUGGACCCUGGGACGGGCACAUGUGUCCGCAACACGGUACCGUGCAGGCGCCAGUCCAAUCAUACUGAGAGCAUCAUCGGCCACUCGGAGUCCUACACCAAAUUGUGCUGUAAAGGCUUCUGCAUCGACAUCCUGAAGAAGCUGUCUCGCACCAUCAAGUUCUCCUACGAUCUCUACUUGGUCACCAACGGGAAGCACGGCAAACUGGUCCGAGGAACUUGGAACGGAAUGAUCGGAGAGGUGGUCUACAGACGUGCCGACAUGGCCAUCGGCUCCCUCACCAUCAACGAGGAGCGCUCAGAAAUAAUCGACUUCUCUGUGCCGUUCGUGGAGACGGGCAUCAGCGUCAUGGUCGCCCGCAGCAACGGGACCGUCUCUCCAUCUGCCUUCCUUGAACCCUACAGCCCGGCCGUGUGGGUCAUGAUGUUUGUCAUGUGCUUGACGGUGGUGGCCAUCACCGUCUUCGUGUUCGAGUACUUCAGUCCAGUGAGUUACAACCGCAGCCUGAUGAGCGCCAAAGCUUCGGGCGGCCCCACCUUCACCAUCGGCAAGUCUGUGUGGCUGCUGUGGGGCAUUGUCUUCAACAACUCGGUGCCCAUUGAGAACCCCAAGGGAACCACCAGCAAGAUCAUGGUGCUCAUCUGGGCCUUCUUCGCCGUCAUCUUCCUGGCCUCUUACACCGCCAAUCUGGCCGCCUUCAUGAUCCAGGAGCAGUACAUCGACACAGUGUCGGGGCUCUCGGACAAGAAGUUCCAGAAGCCACACGAGCAUUACCCUCCUUUCCGCUUUGGGACGGUCCCGAACGGCAGCACAGAGAGAAACAUCCGCAGCAACUACCCCGACAUGCACACGCACAUGAUGAAGUACAACCAGAAGGGGGUGGAGGAGGCGCUCGACAGCCUCAAGAACGGGAAGCUGGAUGCCUUCAUCUAUGACGCAGCCGUGCUGAACUACAUGGCGGGCAAAGACGAAGGCUGCAAGCUGGUGACCAUUGGCAGCGGCAAAGUCUUUGCCACCACGGGCUACGGCAUCGCCCUGCAGAAGGACUCCCACUGGAAGAGGCUCAUUGACCUGGCGCUACUGCAGUUCCUCGGAGACGGAGACACUCAGCGCCUGGAGACGGUGUGGCUGUCGGGCAUCUGUCUGAACGAGAAGAACGAGGUGAUGAGCAGCAAGCUGGACAUCGACAACAUGGCAGGCGUCUUCUACAUGCUGCUGGUGGCCAUGGGCCUCAGCCUGCUGGUCUUUGCCUGGGAGCACCUGCUCUACUGGAAGCUGCGACACUCGCUGCACAAGUCGCGCAAGCUUGACUUCCUGUUGGCCAUCAGCAGGGGUAUCUACAGUUGUUUCAAAGGGGUGGAGGAUAAUGGGCGUUCUGGUCUUGCUAAACCAGACCUGACGUCCAACUACGCCCAAGCCAACAUGCUGAAGAUGCUGCGCACCGCAAAGGACUUGGUCUCCACUGCCAAUGUGGAGAGCUCUUUGGACAACGCCACCAAGACCAUAGAGCACUUGAGUCGGCAUGGUGGAAGCUUGCCCGUUCGUGUCCCGCACGCCGCUACAGAGACCGUACCGGGAGGAUUCGCAUACAUCAUGGAGAACCACUUACCACAGAGAUCCAGCUCCCCGCCUCUGGUCGCCAUGACGUCAUUGAAAAAGCAGAGGGCCGUGACCAGGCCCACGCCGCUGCGCUACACGCUCCCGACUCGCUCUACUUCCUGUUUGUACGAGCGUUCGCUUCCCGUUUCCAGCCUCAGUACCCCCCAACUGGCAGUUAGUGAGACAUUCCCCCAUCAACAUUCCCACCACUACCAGACCACCGGAAGACUCUAUGCGGAUGCCCACCCGCACUCGCAGUUCAUCUCUUACACUGACUUGCAGCUACCUGACAUCUAUACCUCCCACCCCAUCUCUUUGCCCCAAAACCAGCACACAGAAGUGGGCGUCUACCAGAGGAAACACAGAUCUAAGAGCUUCCAGUGUGGGGACGGGGAUGCAGAGAGAAAAAAUUUUAGGAAUCCUGAAAAGAAUGAGCCUCCCAUCUGCCUCAGUGAGCUGAAAGCCAACCACCUGCAGGACAACCACAUCUCUGCACCCAGCAUGGAGAGUAUCUACUCUGUGGAGGGUACGUGUCCCCAGGUGGAGAACUACAGUUCCUGGCCUCCAGAGGACCUCAUGCUCAGGGGAAAACGCAGGCGCCGUCGCUCCUCUUUCCUUAAAGCCACUUGGGGGAGCGAGCAGAUCCACCAGCUGGACGAAUCCCAGUCAUCUCUCUCAAGCCAGUCGCCCUCCACGCUUCCAGACCUGUUCCCUUGCAUCGUCACACAGACCACACCUGUUAAGGCCUACAACCCUGCCUCCGUCCGGAACAACCUGUGCCUCCCUCGGAACCAGGCCUACCUGCACAUCAGGGAGGACCACAGAAGGCCUACUGGGCGUAAAGGCCAAAGGCUGCGAUACUCCCACUCCACUCAUCUCCCGACAUACGGAGAAGCGGUGCGGCAUGGUGCUGGUCUUGGGCGAGGGAUGGUGCGGAGAGCCACUAGCUUGCUCAGCAAACAAUACGCCCACUACCUGAACUCUUAUCCUGGGCUACCCCUCUGCCAUUCUACCCUGCAGUGCCACAACCAGACCCGAGGCAGGCACCCGGGCCCCAGCCCAGUGUGCCAGCUGCUUGCCUGUGGUGGUGGACGAUGUGGGGGUCAGCGGGCCCUCUUGUACCAGGACAGUGUUUACGGAGGUUAUGGGGUCUAUCAGGGCUCCCAGACUGGAUCCGACACUCAUGUGAGUCAAGGAGGACUCGGCCAGUCUGUGGGGAGCCCGUGUGUGCUCCGUCCCUGGAGACGGGUGUCCAGUUUGGAGUCGGAGGUGUGAACCAGGAGGAGACAACAGACCACUGUGGAGAAGGUUAGGUCCUUAUAGUACAAGUUCUUGUGAGUUGAAUUAGCAGUUUACCCCUGAGAACACUGUUGAAAGUUGGCAAUAUUGAGCCUGUCUCUGCUUUCGUGUCCACUUUAUGGGCUUUAAAUGUGCACUGAAGUGUCGGCGUGUCGGUGCGUGGUGGAUGUAUAACCAGAGUUGUCCUGCUGUGAUUGUGGCGUAUAUAUUUUACUGUGGAUGGAAUUCACACUUUGGUGUUGUUGACAUGAUAACGCUGUGAGGAGAUUAAAGGAUCUUUGAAAACUGUCAUCUAAAAAAAACAAUACAAAGCAGACACAGUAGCGACGUGUUAUGAUAGGACGCACACAAAUCAGACAUUUUGACAGAGCAGCGUUUUUUGGGAGGACAUAAUCGGUUUGAGGAUCUGCAAAAAGAUAUCAGGUACCUUCUUUAAAGUGGUUAUCUAUUUUUGCAGCAACUUAUUAGAGUGUUUUCAAAGACGUGAAGAAGCAUCACAGAUCUGAAAGCUCAUCUUCACAAGUUUUUGUUGGCAGGUUUAUGCAAAAACUGCAGAACCCAUUUCUAUGGAACUUUGUAGGGAAUUGUUGUAUGGGCCGGUGAAGAACUUACCAACAUUUUGGUGCAUAUUGAGAACGUUAUUUUCUCUUGUCCUCCACCCAGAAUGAGAAAAGAACAGUUUGUCUUCCAAGAACCAGGAAGUAGCCUGCCACCAAGAACACUUUUAAUGCUUUAGUUUUAGUUUGGCCUUGUAGCCGAGGAAGAGAGACAUUGGUCAGCAGUGACUAGAUGCACACUAUUGGCUAAUUAUUGGCGCAUGUAGCAGUUUGAGAGCCCAACAUUUUCCUCAGGUGUUGACAGAGACCAAAAACGAAGUUGAAGAAGGUUAGACUUUUCAAAUGCCUCUCAAUCGGAAAAGAAACAAUGUUUUGCUAUCCUACCUAAUAUAUCUACUGCCAACAAGUUGCCGUAAAAGGAAAGAGAGGGCAUCCAAUGAGCGGCUCUUAAAGGGGAACUGCACUUUUCUUGAUUUUUUUUUCCAUCAUUCCCAAUCCUAAUGUGAAACAUGAGCACAUAUUUCUUUCCCUUUUCUGUGCAUUAUAAUGUAGGAAAAUUAGUUAAUAUGAGCUAGCUUAAAAUGCAUGUCAUUGGGACGCAGCUAUUUUGACGCUUAAGCCAACCACCAACCAGCCAAACACCAACAGUGUUCCAUUUCCAUAACUGACCUGAGAUAUUAACCCAGCCACAGUAAUAUUGUUAUGGUAGCUCACACCAAGUACUAUAUUUCUGGCAGAGUAUAACAGCACCUUGCCUAUAGCUUUGCCCUAGUAAUGCUACUUGUACUGUGUUGUUAGUGGGGGUGCUCCGGUCGAUUGGUCACCAAACGGUAUCUGCCGAUAUCAGCGAAAAAGGACGGCAUCGAUAAUGGCCGAUACUUGCUUUAAAACGCUGAUGCCCUCCUCCGAUCAGCUCCGCCCCCGUUGCAGGAUCCAGAACAAGCAUGUCUGCAAAACGUGCCUCAAAAAUGUCUCACAGGGGGGCGCGUUGAAAAGCUUAGAUUGGUGCCUCAGUUGGGGGGAACACUUGGCAGGGUGUGGUGAGUUUGAGGCUUGCAAUGUGAUCAUGCGUCAAUGCAGCGGCUAUGAAGCCCCUGUCCCAACUUGACUUGCAACAUUUGGGGAUGAGUACUGCCUCAGUACGGAUUUGGGAGCAUGCAGACACACUAGCAUUUUUAGUGUGGGAGGAACUUUCCUUGUGUGGGGGGGCUGCAUCGGACUCUGGAUGUUGUGUGAUGCAUGACGAGUGUGGCGAGUGAGAGCGUUUGUGCCGCGCUUGAAACGGGCACACGGAAUUAACACUAUUUUAUUUCCUCUCUCGGGUUGGCUGCAUCUGCGCUUCAGAAGGCAGCGGAUGCAGCUGGGGCGGAGGGCUAAGCAGAGGUGGAUAAACCUGCUUUUCAUUCAGGUUCCCAGUGAAUGUUGUGAGAAGACUAGAAAUAAAUGCAUUGUGAAAUAGAAUAGGUGUGUUGUGGAUACCAGCAUGUUGUAGUAAAACAAGCAUAUUGACUUUGUUUGGCUUGAAAUAAGCUAGGAAAAUAAAUGUUACCAACAUAAGUAGCUCUUGGCCAUCUUCAUUUAGUAAAAGUAUCUUUCACAGGAAGAAACCUUGGUGAGCCCUAAUAUAGCCAGUAGCAGGGCCAUUGACGGGGGGGGACAAACGGGUAUUUUGUCCCGGGCCCAGGCAUGAGAGGGGGCCCAGAACUGGUGUGUGUGUGUGUGUGUGUGUGUGUGGCGAGGGCGGGGGUUAUUUUGUCCCAGGCCCAGCCAAUGAUGUCAAUGGCCCUGGCCAGUCGUACAUGUAAACAUUUACACUGCAUCUAUGGGAUCAGUAUUGGUGUCAGCCAACUUCAUUCAUGGAUUAACACAUUGAUUGGAACAUCCCUAGUUGUUAGUUUGGAAAAGACGAGGUUAUCAAUCAUGCCUCACAUGUGUACUGUUGAGGGUUGUGGCAAUAAGUCAAAUAGUUGGUCAACAUAGAGAUUCCAGUGUUUUAAAUCAUCAAAAUACUGUAAGUAGUAGGGAUAAGCCAGAUACUCGAUAUAAACCAGUAUCUGUUACGGAUAAUGCAUUUUUGCCGGAUACGAGUAUGAAACGAGUACAUUUGGUCAUUAUCACUACACAGUGCAUUUUUAAGACGAUCGUGCACGAUCGUGCAUCUGUCACCAACUGUUUUUUUUUUGUCUGCUUGUUUUGGGUGGUGGCUGGUGAUAUAAAGUCAUUGUUUGUAGUACUGAACAUUGUGCAUUUUUGGUGGGUGGGGGGUCCUGUCCAGCCAUUGGGGCAGAUAGUAUUAUUGAUGUAAAUACCCUUACAUGCUAAACAGAUUUGCUCUGCCAGGGAAAAAUGUAAACUCCACUUUCCCUGUUAUAAGGAAUAUUAUUUGGUUUUAUCUGAUGUUUUUUGCGAUGCAAACUUGGAGCUGCCGGGUUGGAGCAGGAGGGGGUAGAAAAAAGAAAACAGGAGGCGGCAUUGCGGGGACAUUUAAUAUACUUGAACUUGUUCAUAUAGAAUCACAGCAUACCAGGAACCAUAAAAGGUUCUUCGAGAAGUUUUUUUAUUGAGGGUUUCAUAAUAAAAUACAGUAGGUAGUUAUCUCCAUAUGACGUGCAUUGUUAGCUAGCUCACAUUAACUCUAUUUAUAGUGUUAUAAUGCACAGAAAGUGUUGAUGAUGUUUCACACAAGACUUUUGGUUAAUGGGCAAAAUUCCUCCAAAAGUGCAGUUCCCCUUGAAAGGAAAAGCUCACUUUUUGGCGGCAAUGUUGCGCAUCGUCCACAAUCCUCAUGUGAGGCAUGAACCCACAUCUUUCUCUUUUCUAUGUGUUCUAAAGAUAUAAAAACAGGUAAAAGAGAGGCAGCCAAUGAAGGCACAUAAUGGGACACACCCAUUGGGCCUAGAAAGGCGCUAUUUAAAACACCUCCACCAAGGUGUUCUAUCCAUGCUGUGAGCAUGUAGUAACAAGUACAUUGAUGCUAACAUGUCAUACGUGUAGUAUUUUAGUAUAACUUCCUUCCCGGGUGCAUUGAUGUCACAUAGCAACAUAGUAAGGAAGGCUACAUCUAGCCUAGGCACCUAGGCAUCGGGCGCCAGUGUGUGCUGAAGCUAUUCACAAUUCGGCUAGUAGCUAGCCCCUGUGGUGUGUCACUACGCCAGUACGGUAGUUUUUGGGCGGAACAAUGUUCCAAACGAUAAUAAUAACAAUAUUCCUCUAUAUAUUUGGCUCACAUGAUGGAAAUUAAACCUUGUUGGCUUUUUUGAGUAUUUUCAGGAGGCUUUAUAGGUGGAAAAGGUGUCCUAGCUGCCUCUUUUUGUUUUUGUUGUAUAUCUUUAGACCGCACAGAAAGGAGGAAGCCGUGUGUUCAUGUCUCACAUAAGAAUUGUGGAUGACGGGCAACAUUCCAAAAAAGUUGUUUUCCUUGAAAGAAAGCAGUCCACAUGAACACAAAGCAACGAUCCGGACAGCACUGACCAGCACGAGGUGUCUUAUUAACCAAACAUGGGCUCUUCGUCCUCAUCGGGUCUCAGCGUGGGGCCGCAGUACAGCACAGACAACACACAGGGCCUCACAGUAUUUAUUCCAAAAUGCUAUAUUCAUCUUAUUGAGUGUCAUUAUUCAUGUAAUCUACUUAGGAUAGGAAUUUAUAGGCACUUUUCGAUAUUUUCCCAUUUGUGGCACAUGAUGUAAAGCUAGCCACUUUGUUAUUAUUGUAUUCAUAACUCAGCUCUGUUUGCUUAGUAGGAUGUCCACUCCCCCUUCUUUUGUAUUCCCCUCUUCCUUGUCCUGCUUCCCCAUCCCCCGUAAUUGCUUAAUGAUCAAUUUUAAAUGAGGUGAUUGAGCGCUAUUAUACUAUCUGUAUCACCCACCAUCCUCAGCCCUGUAAUUAAUCACUUAGACCAAUUAAAGAGCCUUUUUGGAUGAACACAAGUACGUGUCUCUUUUUGUAAAGAGCCUUGAGUCACAUUGCUUUUCACAUUUACCCCCCUGUUCCCUGCCUUAGAUGGUUUGGUCAAUGUCAGGGCGACGGUUUGCUACUGAGGUACCUGAACCAGACAGACCAUCCGUCUCAAACCAACUGCAACUGAUCUUACCCUGUGAUGGUUAGCAUCCUAGCUUACAGGAUGUUUGGGGAGCAAGUCAACUGCUGAUUGACAUGGAUCCGAAUCAGAGAGAAAUGAUUUUGAUUGUUUUCGAUUGUUAGCAGGAUUACGCACCAAUCCUGAUUUUCAGAGAAUCACGUUACGGCUGGGGUCUGUGUGGUGGAAUCCCAGAGGUUUUGUGUCCAUCAUUGCCAAAACUUUUCUUCAGUUGGUAACUGGCAACUUGCUUCCAAUGUGCUCUACCGGGCACAGGAACGGUAUCAAGCAAGUGAGCAUUGUGAAUUUCAGGGAAGGAUUUAAUCUCGUCCACCUUUACCAACUCUUGGCAGUUCUACGAAAAGCUGGAGAACUGCUUGAAAGCUGUUGAGAGACUGGACCAAGCCCAAUUCCAAUGUGCCCCCAGUUACGACAACAAACCUGAACAAGAGAACUUUUAACCUAAUGACGGUGGAGUGGUCUGUUCACGUUUGAAUGCACACAAAUAGCAACCUCCUUCACCCGAGGGCUGAGGUCCACUGCCCGGUACCACCUGACUGUGAUAAUAAAUAAUAGAUGCACUGCAAAAAGGCUGGCCAAAUAGAAAAUAAGAAGACAAGAUUUUAUUGGGGGAAAAAACAGUUAAAAUGUGGGAAAUUAUCUGUCCAUGUAUGAAGGAAAUUAAGAUUUCUAUCGAGAAAUAAGCAGGCCUGAAAGUCUAUAUUUAGUAGAAAGUAGUAGUAAAACUAAAAACUAUUAGUGGUGAAAAUAACUACUUCAAUAACUACUACUUGGGAAGAAAUAUUUAAGGUGGAAAUACUAACCCUAUCCUUAACUCAAUAAAAGUGAAAUACACAGUGACAGGGUGGGGAGAGCAGGGAUCGAACCACCAACCUUCAACUUUCUGAACAACCUGCUGGACCUCCUGCUGAUGAAACAUUAUUAUAUUUCGUAUUAUUUAGGGCUGCAGCUAUCAAAUGUUUCAGUAAUCGAGUUUUCUACAGAAAUUAAUGAAUCGAGUAAUCGGAAAAAACAAGUGGUGGUUAUGUUUAGGGCACGAUAUACAAUGUAUAUGUAUAGUAUAUAUAUAUAUAUAUAUAUAUAAUAUUACUGUAAAUUAAUAUGCAGAGUAUAUACUCAAACUAGUUGACACAUUGAAUAAUAAAUCCAUCUGAAAUCCUUAAAAGGCCUUGCCAAAUAUAAGACUUCCAAGUCCGCCAAGUAGGCCAGAAGGUCUUUAGUAGAAAGGUCUAGUGGUUCCAACUAAAAUAACUUCUUUUGAGAGUUCUUUCAACAUUUCUGGACUAAAGUAGACAAAAAGUAAUCCCUGAUUCAAAAAUGAAGGCUAUACUAUCAGGUCAGUAGAUGAACUAACAUGUCUAGAAGUAUCAUUUUAAAUCUUGGCAAGUGGCAAAACAUUUGCAGUGAAGAAACUUUAAGAUGGAAAUACUUGUUUUGAAAAUAAAAUACUUCCCCCCCUCAUAGCACUGAUAAAAAGGGAUCUAACAGUAGCAGGCCAUCCACUCUACAUCCUGAGCCAAAGCCGCCCCAAACUAAUACCCAAUAAUUGUGUCAAAUAAUGAAACCAGUUGACAGAUUUUGAAACAACCCGAAAUCCAGAAAUGCCAAACAGGGCCAAAUAAAGCCAAAUAUAAGAUAAACAGACUAGAUGAAAAAAAACAAACCUUUAAGCUGAAAACACUUCCGAUUGAAAUAAUUUGUACAACCAAUAAAAGGUGGAAUCUGAUGAAAAUAUGUGAAAUGACAUAUUAGUGCAAAAUUAAUCUGCUGUGUCUUGAAAUUCACUGAUGUAGGUUCCCAAAAAGUCGACUUGUUCCAGGAAUGUAUACAUUAACUUGUGCUAUGAAGAAGUGCUGAUUGGAAUAGAUGAAUAUUGAUUUUCUUGAAACAGUAUAGCACGCGGCUAGGGAAGUCAUCGGUGUGUACUGGUCAUGAAAAUGCUGACAGCAUGUCGUUACCUCUCUGCCGAACAGAGUGGAAGUUUAAACGUUGUUGUUCAGCACUUCUUAAAUGAAGCAACCUGUGGAUGCUGUUGCGUCUUUAGGCAAGAUUUCAUUUGUUGGGCAAAGCUAAAUAACUUACUUUACUGUAGUAUACUAUACUGGAAACAAUUUUAUAUUAUACUCCUGCUUUGUUUAUCAACUUCAUUUUUUACUCUCUAGCACUUUGAGAUUGCCAAAAUGUAAAGUGCAAUACAGUUAAAGUGUAAUAUUGUGAUCAUGAUUUAUUGCUAAGUCAUUGAGUAAGUAGCCCUUAAAACUCGGGAAAUGUAGAACUACUGCUCUAAGUCAGUUGCAGUUUGACUUAAUAUUGUGAUCAUGAUUUAUUGUUAAGUCAAUG